CAUCUAGGCCAGAAAUUAUCAGUUCAGGGUUGGCAUCACCCUUUGGGGUUUAUGGAUGCAUUUCAGAGAACUCAUGAAUCUCCUGAAAUUCAGUAAUAUUUUGCCUAUCUUUCUUAGGGGAAUUGGGUUCAUAGUUCUUUCUCACUGGAUUCUCAAAGGGACCCAUUACCACUAAGUAAGGGCUACUGAUCUAGUCUGAUCUUAAGCUCAAACACAUGGCUUUACUCAAGGUUACACAGCCAGUUAGUGAACAAGGUGGGGACAAAAUCUGGGUCCCCACUUGUAGUUUCUUCUUCAUUUCACCACACUCAGUUGAAGGACAUGAACAAAAGCAGAGGCAGAAUUAAGCUAUCAUUUUAUAGUAAUUGGUGUAAAAAACAAAGGACUAUCCUGGGGUGAGAAGUCUGCCUAUCUGUUUCCACAAGAAUCGUGGAAGGGUGGGCUUGAAUUUGUCUCCUCCAAGUGAACUAACAUUUUAAUUUUUAUGGUUAAAAUACAGUGCUGCUCACCAAACCAGCUUUCUCAGCUUAAGGCACACUCCCUAAGAGAUAGUAUCUGGGAGGCUGUUUGUACAUUUCCUUUCUAAUUGGCACUGUUCUUCUGACCUGCAGUGGCCUCCAGUUUUCUGCCUAAUUGAAUCAAAACUGCUUUGCUUAAUUUGUCAGAUUCUGUACUAUUGUAGCCUAUUUAGCCAAUGAAUACUUUAUGCCUCAGUCAGGUUAGUGCCCUUAUUAUUUGUGCUAUUCUAAAGUCCUUUCAUUCCUACCGCUUUAUCUUCAUGUUCUCCUAUCUGAAAUGCUGUCUAUUUUUUUCCUUCAUUACCAGAUCCCCAACAUAAGAUCCAGCUUAACUCUAAUUUCCACAUAUCCUCCACUAGUUACUCUUAGCCAUUUUGUACUUCCUCUGCAUUUAUUGCAUUUAUUGCUUUUCCCGCACAUCAUAACUUUUGUGUAUUUCUGCAGGGCUUUUCAUUGGAAAUGCUUCAGUGGUCACCUUUGGGAGUGGUAUUUAGGAAGUUCAGGGUGGGACUCUGGAUACUCCCAAUUUGCUUCAGCCAGAGCAAUUCCACUUUAGUUUUAUAUAAGGGCAGUCAGCAGGGGCUUUUACCUCAAGAAGUGGUUAACUGCCCCCCUCCCCCACCAAAAGAAUUUGAAAAAUGCUGGAUCUAUCUGGUCUGCUGAUUGCCUCCUAACUUUUAACUUGUGAUGGGCAAGGGCCAGGACUUACUUUACUUCAGACUUACUACUACUCCCAGGCAACUGAUGCAGUUUUGAGCACAAAGUAGACACUUAGGAAAUGAUUGUAUGAUUGUAUUGCUCUAAUUUUUGGCAUAUGAGAUCAUGAAUAGCAUUACCUCACUGAAGAAUUCAGAAUAAGAUUUCUGGGUUGAUCUUUGAGAAAUCAACCUAAAAUGGUGGGUUGGUUUUCCCUUUUGGAUACAGAACCAAAUCUGAUUUAAAGUUGUCUGGUUUACAUAAGACAUGUUUAAAAAAAAAGAGAGAAACUAAUUAUUGGCAUCCCUACUUUUACAAAGCUUCCAAACUUAAAUAUCAUAUUCAUGCAUUCAUGUAAGUAUUAAAGUAGUGUUACUAAACUGACUUGCAGAAUGAUGUGCGGAAUACCUAAAAACCCAGAAGAGAUUAAAUUCAGAAGUUUGUCAAUAGUGAUUAAAAUGGGAAAUGCCAGUCUUUCAGACCAGUUAUUUCAGCUUUCUGUAGCAAAUCAAUUAUAUAAACUAAUAAAGACCUGAGUAUUUAAAUCAAUGGUUCUGUCAACUUGUUAAUACUCUUUUGUUUUUGUUUUUGUCUUUUUUUCCUGCUUUCUGCCUGGCUCAUUGUCUUCACCUGCAGGUGUACUUUAUUGUUGGCUUCCAAAGAUUACUAACUUUUAUUUGUAUCAUUAAAAUUGAACUUCCUUGGCUGUAUUGCUACUCUUACUGCUGCUUCCAUUAUUACCUUCUUCAGCAAAAUAAGGCUUUCCAAAGCCACAGAAUAACAAGAAAUAAACAGCAUUUUAGAAGCCUUGCCACUAUGAAACUUAGGCUAAAUGUGCCCACCAUUAUUUUGCUGCCUGUCCACUUGUUAAUAACAAUAUACAGUGCCCUUGUAUUUAUUCCAUGGUAUUUUCUUACCAAUGCCAAGAAGAAAAACACUAUGGCAAAGAGAAUAAAAGCUAAGCCCACUUCAGACAAACCUGGAAGUCCAUAUCGCUCUGUCACGCACUUCGACUCACUAGCUGUCAUAGACAUCCCUGGAGCAGACACUCUUGAUAAACUAUUUGAUCAUGCUGUAUCCAAGUUUGGAAAGAAGGACAGCCUUGGGACCAGGGAAAUCCUAAGUGAAGAAAAUGAAAUGCAGCCAAAUGGAAAGGUUUUUAAGAAGUUAAUUCUUGGGAAUUAUAAAUGGAUGAACUACCUUGAAGUGAACCACAGAGUGAAUAACUUUGGUAGUGGACUCACGGCAUUGGGAUUAAAACCGAAGAGUACUAUUGCCAUUUUCUGUGAGACCAGGGCCGAAUGGAUGAUUGCGGCACAGACCUGCUUUAAGUACAACUUUCCUCUUGUGACUUUGUAUGCCACACUUGGCAAAGACGCAGUUGUUCAUGGGUUAAAUGAAUCUGAAGCUGCCUAUCUGAUUACUAGUGUUGAACUUCUGGAAAGUAAACUUAAGACUGCAUUGUUAGAUAUUAAUUGUGUUAAACAUAUUAUUUAUGUGGACAAUAAAGCUAUCAAUAAAACAGAAUACCCUGAAGGAUUUGAGAUUCACAGCAUGCAAUCAGUAGAAGAGUUGGGAUCUAAGCCAGAAAACUCAAGCGUUCCUCCAAAUAGACCAGCUCCUUCAGACAUGGCUAUUGUCAUGUAUACCAGUGGUUCUACUGGCCGACCUAAGGGAGUGAUGAUGCAUCAUAGCAAUUUGAUAGCUGGAAUGGCAGGCCAAUGUGAGAGAAUUCCUGGCCUGGGACCAAAGGACACAUAUAUUGGCUACCUGCCUUUGGCACAUGUCCUAGAAUUAACAGCAGAAAUAUCUUGCUUUACCUAUGGCUGUAGGAUUGGAUAUUCUUCUCCACUUACACUCUCUGACCAGUCCAGCAAAAUUAAAAAAGGAAGUAAAGGAGACUGUACUGUGCUGAGGCCUACCCUCAUGGCAGCUGUUCCAGAGAUCAUGGAUCGAAUUUAUAAGAAUGUUACGAGCAAAGUCCAAGAAAUGAAUUAUAUUCAGAAAACUCUGUUCAAGAUAGGGUAUGAUUACAAAUUGGAACAGAUCAAAAAAGGAUAUGAUGCUCCACUUUGCAAUCUGAUACUAUUUAAAAAAGUGAAGGCUUUGCUAGGAGGAAAUGUUCGCAUGAUGCUGUCUGGUGGAGCACCGUUGUCACCUCAGACACAUCGAUUCAUGAAUGUCUGCUUCUGUUGCCCAGUUGGUCAGGGUUAUGGAUUGACGGAAUCAUGUGGUGCUGGGACAGUUACUGAAGUUACUGACUAUACUACUGGCAGAGUUGGAGCCCCUCUCAUUUGCUGUGAAAUUAAGCUAAAAGACUGGCAGGAAGGUGGUUAUACAAUUCACGAUAAGCCAAACCCCAGAGGUGAAAUCGUAAUUGGUGGACAGAAUAUCUCUAUGGGGUAUUUUAAAAAUGAAGAGAAAACAGCAGAGGAUUAUUCUGUGGAUGAAAAUGGCCAAAGGUGGUUUUGCACUGGUGACAUUGGAGAAUUCCAUCCUGAUGGGUGUUUACAGAUUAUCGAUCGUAAGAAGGAUCUGGUGAAGUUACAAGCAGGGGAAUAUGUGUCUCUUGGGAAAGUAGAAGCUGCAUUGAAGAACUGUCCACUUAUUGACAAUAUCUGUGCUUUUGCCAAAAGUGACCAGUCCUAUGUGAUUAGUUUUGUGGUUCCUAAUCAGAAAAGGUUGACACUUUUGGCACAACAGAAAGGGGUGGAAGGAACUUGGGUUGAUAUCUGCAAUAACCCUGCCAUGGAAGCUGAAAUACUGAAAGAAAUUAGAGAAGCUGCUAAUGCUAUGAAGCUGGAACGUUUUGAAAUUCCAAUCAAGGUUUGCUUAAGCCCGGAGCCAUGGACCCCUGAAACUGGUUUGGUCACUGAUGCUUUCAAACUGAAAAGGAAGGAACUGAAGAACCAUUACCUCAAAGACAUUGAGCGAAUGUAUGGGGGCAAAUAAAAUGCUGCUUCCUCUCUUGACAGUUGUGCAGAAGGGGGCCUCACGGUUUUCAGUUCUAAAAUUUUAAGCCUUGUUGAGCUGUUACAAUGUAAAGUAUAUCUUUCUAAAGAUAUGGAAAUAAAAAACCAAAAGUGAUUAAAAUAAUUGUUGAGUCAAAUUUAACUUAGUUUUGCAUAGUUCUAGUGAAGCUGAAAUUGAAAAGUUAUUUCCCUUUAGCUGUGUUGUUCUUAAUUUUAGAGUAAAAAUUCUGUUUUUAAAAAUUAGCCUAAGAUACUUGUUUUUAUUGGAAAAAUAUUUAAUGUAGAACAAAAUAAAUUGGAAUUAGAAUAGAAUGUAGUUUGAAGGAACUUUGCAGCUUCGGAUGUCUGUUGUCUUUCUAGUUCAGAAGAAGUUUAAAAAUAAUAAGCAUGACAAGAAUAUAUAUUAACACUACUCAAUGCAGAAGUGCUACAGGCCUUUAAAAUUCUCUUCCAACCAUUUAUCCUGAAGGGAAAAUUCAGUCAUAAUAAGAGAAUCAACACCUUGGGAACCAUUUUAGGAUUCAUAAUUGUUGCAUAGAUUAGACAUAGAAUUAUUGUUUAUUGUGAAUCAUUACAGUGCCUGAAGAAAGAAUAAAAUGACACAGACACACCAAAAAUAUCUAGUAAUAUAUUUGAAGGGAAAUCGAACUGCUUUUUUUGAAACUUGGAAGUCUAAAAUCAGUAACUGUAAUUAUUUGAAUGACUUAAGAGUACUUAAGUACAUUUGAAAAAAUGUUGAAAAUUGUCUUUCUCUGUUCAAAAUGUAAGGCUGAGACCAAGAGUAAAAUGACAGAAAGUGAAUCAAAUUUUAAUAGGAAACAUUUUUUCUCUGUUAGAAAAGGUGAGGCAAUCGUAUUUAAAAUUAUGACCCUUGCACAGCACUGAACCUGGGAAAGAAUUUGGACUCUGAAUUUGUCUUUGAUAACAGGGACUGAUUUUAAAAUGUGCUUAUAUUAAACUAUACUUGUAAGUUAGGAUCUGUUUGCAGUUGCUGAUUGGAUUCUUGAACAAUAGCUCGGAUUUCAGAAAGCCUUUCAUUUUGCUUUAAUUUUAGCAAAACAGGUUAUGAUGAAUGACUUCCCCAAUAUCUUGUUUGAACCUAUGAAUGAUUAAAUAAUGUGGAUGAGCUUGGGGAAGUUAAAGGGACAAACACACUUUUACACUUUUUUCCUGUUUGUGAAAAGACUUUAGAAACUGGACAAUGAGAAAGGAAAUUACUCAAUAAGGACUCAUAUUUGUGCAGUAACUCAGUGUGUGGGCUUCUUUUUGAAUCUUUAAUUAAAAUCGGGGAUUAUAUAUCCCUGAUAAAUAUUCACACUUGAACCAUAGUUACUGUAAACAGCAAACAUUCUUAAUACUGUUACUCUUUGCACUUUUUUUCUUAAUCAUUUUAUAUACAUACAUACAUACAUACAGAUAUGUAUGUAUAUAUGUUGCUUAUAUUGCUUUGUACAGAUGUGGGCCACCACUGCAACAAAAUACAUUCUUUUUGCUCUAAGAUAUUUUAAGGAAAAUAUUUAAAUGUUAUGUAUAUGGUGGUAAAAAAGGAAAAUUCAUCUGGUUUUAUUAUAAGCAAGAAUGAAGGUUUUUGUAGAGAUUGCUGUUCAAUGUUCUGCCAUGUAAAAUUUGAGGCAAGUUCUCCAUGCACUUAUGUACAUGUGAGUGUUCUCAUUCUUCCCAACUUGCCUUUGAGGAGUGACAAACUGUUAUUAUCAGGUAGACUGCUAUUCAGCUUCUUCUAUUCUUGGCCCACUGUUAAUCCUUUAAGAAUGAUUGCUUUAGACUUUUUCAAUAUGUGACAUAUUCCCAUAUUUGGAAUGGUGAUUUUAAAUGUGCAAGUGCACACAUAUUCAGAUAUUUGCACCCCACCCACUUCCAUCUCUCGAAAGCUAGAACACUGCCAACUAAUCUGUUGUAUAGGUCCUUUAGAAACACGUUAUUAACACUUAAGGUUGGGUGCUGCUAA